AUGAUCUUACGAGUACGAUUGCUAUCGAGGUUGCAUAUGGUAGAUUUGAGCAAUGAUGUCAUUUAUGCAGACGACAGGUUUCUGAACCCUUUGGAUCGGUGCGGUUCGCGGUUUCAUCAACCUGCAUGCCGACAAGAACGAUACCCCGCGCCAAAACGAAUAAAAAUUCAACACACUUUGCCCGCAACGCCUUCGCAGCUACUCGUAGAAGAAGCUUGGAGGAACAGCAAUGCUUACCAGCAGAAGCAGAAUCGAUAUUCGUUCAGUCAGCUCAAGAUUGCAAUCGUUAGGGGCAAAGAAAUAGAUAAAAUUCCACGCAGAGAAGGGACCCACUACCGGAUGCGUAGCCAUCCAGAGGAUCCACUGUUCUUGGAUAAAAGGAAUGUCUCCCCUAUCCGUCUGAAGAAACUGGCCGUCCGGCGAGAAGGCUACAGCCUUGAUUUAGUAAGAAUGGCAUUCAAGCUUGCAGUGCCGUACAGUGCUGUCGCUAGAUGCCGAGGCGACCAGCUGGCCGUCCACGUGCUACGGAAAGAGCCUGUCGUUGCCUCACAGCCGUACAGUGUAGUCAAGACGACAGCGCUAACCAACUUAGAAUAG